AUUGUUCAUUUUUUCCAGAUAGACGAUGGAAUCUGGAAGUUUUAUGAAAUACGGUGAGGCAAAGGGUAACUCACCGAGUGUGUUGUCCUUGUUUGGCAAGGAUAGCCUUGAUCGCGCAUUUGCUCCCGCGUUUUAUCGACUUGCCGAUUAUUUAAGUGAUGUUUUGCCUUCGAGCGUUUGUGCUGCCAAGUUUGCAUCAUGUAAACAAGGAGCUUGGUGUUUUGUCUCGGCUUUCUUCGAAACAUAUUUCCACAUCCGCUCGUCUGCUUCUUUUUCUGAAGCAGUUUACGGCCUACAACGUGUAAAGGCUGAAAAUGGCGAGCCAAUCAAUCUGAACAGACGAUUGGCCGUAUUGUCUGUGGCUUCUUGCUCAUUGGUGCCUUAUGUUGAAUUGAAAGUUCUAAGCAAGUGUGAGGAGUGGAAGACGGUGAUGGAAGAUGGGAUAUUGUUGGAAAACUGGGGACUCAGGAAAAUAUGUGCGAAAAGUGUUCCGUAUUUGAAAGCCUUCACGGAGCUGAGUCGUAUUUUGGGCUACCUCUUGUUCAUGAUUGGGAAGGAAGCGACGCACUCGUGGUUGCUAAAGCUCAUGGGAGUCAAACUUGUUACCGCCACACCAACCGAGACAAAAGCAAGAAAUCGAUUCGACGUGUUUUUCACUGCACUUGGCACGAUGUUGGAGUUGUCUGCUUUGUUCUUGCAGUUUAUAGACUGGUGGUAUUCAAAUGCCCGCGAUGGAAGGAAGGAUUGGUCCACUGAGUUGAAGCGGAUUCCGAAGCCGCCUCAUGACGCAUUGAGGCGGCAUUUGGGAAAUACUUACGACCAGAAAUGUCCGUUGUGUUUGAAAAUGUGGGAGACGCCUACGUUGUUGACCUCAUCUGGUUUCAUUUUUUGUUUCGAUUGUAUCAAUGAGUAUUUGAGAGUCACGCCGAAGUGUCCAGUGACGAAUUGCGAUGCGGAUGCAAAUUUUUUGUUCCGCUUAUACCUUCCCUGAUAAUUCGCUUUUUGAGGUCGAGCUGAAUGAUUUUCUGGCAUGUACCAAAUCAGGCACUUAUAAGAUGAUUCAUGCGCUGCUGUGACCUUUGAAACGUUGAUAUUUCGGUUGGUUUUGAAUGAAUAAGGUUGCGAGAAAGUCAAGGCUAUUUAAAAGAAGCGAGAAAACUUCUUGCAUCAACUGGGCAAGUGCAAUUUGCAACAUCCUGAGAAAAAUAUUCUUGUCUCUCGAUGUUGAAUAAAUCACGCUGGAGUGCAUAAAGUUUGUCAUUCUAUUCCCCAAGAACCGAAUAUAUUGGUUUUAUAAAUAUUUUCCCUUCUUUCACGUUGUCUAAUUUUACUUCUACACUAACUGAAUAUUCGUAUUUUUAUAGAUGCCGUAACGUUUGAAUCAUCUGUAUUUUCCUCGUUUUUUUUUAUUCCCGGAAACUCCUUAAUCCAAGUCGGACGCAAUAGAUGUCGAUAAAUGAUCGAAAUAAUAUUUGUACGUCGAUUUUAAGCUAUCAUAAUAUCUAUUUUUCGAUUGAAGCGACCAUCGCAAAUUUUUUUUUUUUAUUGGAUGCGCUGAAUAAGCUUUUCAUUUCUGUGGGAGAAGUUUUCCAGGAACGGCGCAAGCGAUUAUCGUCCAUUUCAUCUGUGAUCCAUUUUGAAAAAUGAACUUCCGCGGUGUUCGUAACUAGAAAAAUUGCAUGGAAUUCUCGUCUUUUAUUUUCAUGUUUCAAGUCUGUAUCUACGUUCAAAAUCCGGAAUCAUUGAGUUCAUUGAAUCGUAGCUUUUGUUACAGAAGAAGUAUCGUCUGAUAUUUGAGUGUCGCUAAAAAAUGAAGGGAGGGGUAGGAUUUUGGUACGAUCUGGUAUUGAAGUGGGAUGAUCCUGCAGAAAGCAUUGCUCCUUUGACUGACCAACAAAGAGACGUUAUUUCCGAAUUCGGAGCCUUGGCAUAUGAAAGACCGUUGCCCAGAAAGUUUUUAGUGAUGGAAGAAGUUUCUUCAGACCGUCGCCGCUGUUUGUCAUCGGGAGAAUUUUACAGCGAUUCUGAGGAUGAAUACAUUGCUGAAGAUGACCGAGUUAGAUCUGACAGUUUCGCUGCAUUAGAAGAAGAUGAUUUCUGCAUCGCCACUGCUCACCAGUUUCUCACGUGGUACGAUAGUCUUGAAAAAGAUAUGAUUCUGGACGAAGUAUCUUCGUACGCGAAAUAUCUGGCGAAUUUGAGGCGGACAGGGUUGACUUGCGUCGAGGCUCAGCGAACUGUGGAGGGCGUUAUAGAUGAUCUUCAGAAACUUCUUGUUGCUCAGGAGACUGUUUGUAAAGAGACGAAUUUGCUGCAUGCUGCAUGUGAGAAACUUCUUGAAGAGCAAGAAGCAAUGAGUGGCAAAGCUGAAAAAAUCAAUGAAGAACUGAAGUAUUUUGAAAUCGUUGAGAACCUUCCAGUUUUCGACUCGUUCGGGUCAAUACAGUCUUCAGAUUUCAUUUCAACACUUGCGAAGCUUGACGCUGCUACUGAAUUCUUUAGAGAGCAUGCAUCGUACAAGGAUAGUUCUGAAUAUUUGUCGAAAUGCGAUGCUGCUUUGUAUAGAGGUCUGGUGAUGGUCCGGGGUUUCGUGUCGGCUAGCCUGGUGAACGCAUUUGAGGAAAUUUAUCCCUGGGUGACAACUGGAGGGAGCUUUUUGGGCGGAGGCGCGCCGCAAAAGAAAGAGCAAAUACGAGCUUUGAAUGUGGAUCAAGCCUAUCCUUAUUUGUACGCGAGGUUCAGUGCGAAUUCAGCCACACUGAAAAGAUGUGUUGCAGAAAUCGAAUGUCGCGUGAAAUCUUUUGCUCUUGCUGAAGGCAUUUUGUCUGACAUACAUGGAUUCUAUUUCUCCAAGCGGAAGCAGCUGAUCGUUCCUGUUUUUCAAUCACAAAUGAAAGAGAUCGUCGAAGAAUGUGCUUUCUUUUAUCGCAGUGAAAGCAUGAUUUAUGAAUUGAAUAUUCAUUUCCCCAGGGAUAAGUGUUCCAUGCUGAGGAGUGGAAGCCAUGCUCUGAAAGCUGUUUGUCAUGACGAAGCUGAACUCUUCGGACACUUUUUUAGUUCACAAAACACUGGUGCGCUUAGUCAAUUCUUGGCGGAGCUGAGCGGCGUUGUCUAUGAUUGCUUUCGUCCAAUUUUCGUGCAUGUUGUUCACCUGGAAACUCUUACGGAGUUGUGCGUGGUCGGAAAAGCGGAGUUGAUGGAUGUUCGUUCAAAUGAUACGAACAAAGAAUGGAUGGAACCGUUCAACGAAAUGUUGACGCAGAUUUUGGAGGAUGUCCGAGAAAGGCUGGUUUAUGCGACGCAUGUCUUCAUUAAAAGAGAUAUCACGGGUUUCUCUCCUAGUGCUGGGGAUCUUGCCUAUCCCGAAAAGCUGAAAAUGAUGGAGGAAAUAGCGAGAACUUGUGUCGCAGACGGCAAUUCAAGUCGGUCAUCGACAGUCAAAUCUGUUUUCUCGAUGGACACCAAGAACCUGCGAUCUCACACAGGAGCAUCGCCUGCUGACCUAAUGGGAAUGUGGUACCCGGUUGUCAAGAGAACUUUGGUAUGCUUGUCGAAAUUGCAUCGUUCGUUGGACAAAACCAGCUUUCAAGGAUUGAGUCAAGAAGCCCUUUCUGCUUGUGUUGCAGCUCUCGUGAAUGCGGCUGAAAGGAUUCCUAAGCUUAACGCUGCUCAUUCCUACAUGGAUGCUGACUUGUUCCUUAUAAAGCAUCUGUUGAUUCUACGGGAGCAAAUCCAUCCAUUCAAUUCUGAAUUCAUAAUUAAAGAGAUGGCAAUGGACUUUUCAAAAAUGAAAGAUGCAGCUAAAAGGUUGCUCACGAAGCGACACCUGCUAAGGUUUGGAGCUCCAAGUGCAAUCUUAGAACUGCUUUUGGAAGGUGUCCCAGAUGUCAUCGAGCUCGUGUUGGAUUCAAAGAAAGAUAUUGACAUGCAGUUGAAAUGCUCUUGUGCCGAUUUGAUUUUUCACACUGUGUCGACUGUCACGAAGCCGUUGAAUGCAUUUGUUGAUGACUACAAGGAAACAAAAAAUGUUGUUGAUCAUGGUACUGUGGGAAUGGUCUGCACUGCUGCCGUGCGGAAUCUGAAGUCCAUUCUGCCAACGUAUCUGAGCCAAUUGAGGCUCUAUUUGGCUAAUGCGGAUACAGAAUUUAUACUAUUUCGGCCCGUAAAAUUGGGGAUAUUGAAUGCCUUUCAUAGCUUCGACACAUUGACAAAGGAACUAUACAGCGAAGAAGAGUGUCGCAUCAUCAAUUGUCCCCCGAAACAGCAAUUGAACGUUAUGAUGGCAAAUAUGGCCUUAUAAAAUCAUUGGAAUCUAUGAGCCGGAAAUCCUGUUGAUUAUAUGCUUUAUUUUGCACUACGAGGCUGUGGUUUUUUUUCUUGAUAGGGAUACUCUUGUUUCGAACUGUCAAUAUUGAAGCACGAAGGUUGACGUGAUCUUGCUGCACAAGAUGAAUUGCAUUCUUUGAUUUUUGGCGAAAUGUCACAUUUGUUCCGUUUUCUGCAGCCUAGCUGUACGAAGUGAGAUAUGAAUAUUGGUGCUGUGCAAUAA